AUGUUCCCAAGCAUUGGGAUAUUUCUUGCCUUCAUCGUUUUGACACCAUCUUCGAAUGCGAGGCCUUUUCUCAACAUUUACUUCUUGACAUCUGACAAGUCCUGUUACCCAGAGGCAAGUUUAUUCAAUUACACAAAAAGUGCCAUCGCUGCUGUGAAUCACGUUCUUCCCCACUCCUCGGAGAAUAACUCAAAUAGCAUUUGGGUUCGAGUUAUACCGAAAGCAGUGUCCGGUUGCACUUUGCAAGAUUCCACCAGAGCAGCCAAAAUUCUACAAGUUCUCAAAAACAUCAAGGUUAUUCUCAUUUUCAUAUGUGUGAUAGAAAAUGCCACAAAAUUCCCAGGGUACAGUGCGCUCCUCGGCCCUCCACUUCUGUGUGAUUGCCAUCUUGUGAAUCAAUGGAUAACAGCAGGGUCUCUUAACGACACAGAGUCCCAACGGAUCUACCAAAUCAACUAUUAUUGUUAUAACUAUGGUGGCAUUUCAGAACUUGUCAGUCAUGUCAACGACGACAUGGUCCUUCAAACCAACCCUACAAUUGUUUCAGUAUCAGUAGUCAUUCCACGCAUGACACACUACCGCGGACUCAUAUCCUAUCUUCACCACGUAGGCUGGCAACGAGUUGCCCUCUUCUCUCAAUUCGAAUCUGCCGCUUUCAGUAAUGCUGAACUGCUCAGAAUGUCAUCGCUUUCUGUGACUGUUAUUCACGAAUGCCUUGAACUUGAGUUCUUUAACCUACAUCUGAAUGCCGAUGCUAACAUCACCAAAUCUUUAUCUCUCAUCCAGGAUAAUCUAGAUGCCCUACUCAUAUUUGCGAAGCCUUCGUUCACCGUGAAGCUGCUCAUUAAUAUUCAAAAUCUCACACAAAUCAAGGAGGGCAGAAUCGCUAUCAUUCAGAUAAACAUGCUGGAUAUGCUCACUUACGAUAGUCUAAUCGCUUGGAAAUCUGCUUUAACUGAAUCUGGUCCAACAUUUUCGGCAGGUCGUUCACUUAUGAUUUUUACAGCAUUACCCACCGGAACAGAUUAUAUAGAAAAUGAUCCACUUUAUGAUGAGGAAAUAAAUUUAUCAGUUGCCCAUGCUGCCGCUUUGGCCACUCGAAUGGCUCAACUCAAUGUGGCGAAUGUUGGGGGCAAUUUCAACUGCAAAAAAGGCCUCUUUUCACCCAUUCGAACGAAUGCUAGAAUCAUAGUUCCAACACUUCCGGGCAUUGAGUUCACUUACACAACCAACAAUGGAAGCGAUAUCAGGGCUCUUUUCGAUAUGUUCAUUCUCACUCUCAAACCUUCAGUUACCGACAACAAUGGUGACACCUUAAGGUCGGUUAGUUAUACCGACGUAUUCCAACUUGUUGCUGUCAUCAGACAUCCACUGAUUUUGCCCCAGAUGAGAAAUUCCAUGAAUUGGCCAGGUGAUGGAAAGGGUCCACUCAAAACUAUCUGCUUGCGUUACACUUGUCCACAUGUUAUGGAGACCUUGAAUACUAUAUUUUUUAUCAGUGCUUUCGGAUUUGCCAUCGCUAUCCUUUUCUACUUAAGCACCACUUAUGUGUAUAAAGCAAGGUGUAUCAACUCUCAAAAACUCAUAUUCCUGGAAUCGGACUUUGUUUUCAAAGAGGAAGAAGUGAAAUCAUCAAAAUCGCUUCACGAUAAGGAGUUGGGCUUUUCGGCAAAACAAACUGGAGCUACAUUGAAUUCCGGAAUGAAUACUUCUCUGCAAACUAUUAUGAGCAGCAAUGCUGAUGGAUCGUCGGGAUCAGGGAGAUGUUGUGGUGAUAGGAUGAUGGCCAAUCGGCGUUUGAGAUCCAUUGCUUGGCUAAAUGGUGAACCGAUGCGUAUAAAGAAAUUGGACUUGACUCAUGUUUUACUGCGCUCAGCAGUUGUCAAGUAUUUGGCGGGUCUACGAGGAAUCAGGCAUGAGAACAUAAACACCUUCAUGGGUUGCUACAUGGCCCCUAAUCAAUUUGGUCUUGUCUACGAUUAUUGCCAUCGUGAUGAAAUAUGGUUAGCGCCUGAGCUACUGCGAAAUGGGGAUAAGACUGGAAAUUAUUCAAGACCAGGUGACGUCUACGCCUUUGCAAUUAUCAUUCACACUGUCUUCUAUCAGUGCAAACCAUUUGGAAUUGAAGAACUCACACCUGAUGUUAUCAUCUCCCGUGUUAAAGCUCGUGAAACGCCACCAUUUCGUCCAAGAUUUAACCAUUUCUAUGGUAAAGAUGUCCCACCUGCAUACAAAAAUAUCCUUGAACGCUCCUGGAUGGAGAAUCCUACACUUCGUCCAACAUUUGGUGAACUAAGUGAUCAAAUAGAAUAUAUGACAAUGGGCAAAAAAAUCAGUAUUAUGGAACAUAUAACCAAGAUGACUGAGAAGUACUCAACAUGUCUGGAGGAGAUCGUUCAACAGAGGAUGAAAGAACUAGAAGAGGAGAGGAGAAAGAAAGAACUACUUAUUCAUGAAUUGCUUCCUCCAGUUGUUGCUGAGUCAUUAAAAGCAGGAAUUGCCGUCGCUCCUGAGAUGUACGAUGAGGUCUCAAUUUACUUCAGUGACAUUGUCGGUUUCACAACUAUCUCGGCUAUGUCAACACCUCUACAAGUUGUCGACUUCCUUAAUGAUCUCUACACGAUUUUUGACAGAAUUAUUGCGAACUACGAUGUGUAUAAGGUGGAGACGAUUGGCGACGCCUACAUGGUUGUUUCAGGACUCCCCAUUCGAAAUAAUCGACGACAUGCUGGUGAAGUGGCUAUGACAGCAUUGGAAUUGCUCUGUGCCUGUGCCAAUUUCACUAUCAAGCAUUUGCCCCAUGUUCCACUUCGACUGCGCAUUGGUCUCCAUACUGGACCCUGUGUAGCUGGUGUUGUUGGACUCACAAUGCCUCGCUACUGUCUCUUUGGUGACACCGUUCAACAGGCUCUCAAGAUGGAAUCCUCUGGAAAGGGUGGGUUCUAUUUUCAUCUUGAACUUAAAGACCCUUGCAAUUUGUAUUCAGUUGUGCUGAUGUUUUGUGCAUCUGCUAGUGUAUUCUACACAACCGCAUUUCGAAUUCACAUCAGUCUCCAAACGAAGCAAGUUUUGGACUUUCUUGGUGGUUAUCAUACUGAAUAUAGAGGACCCCUUGAGUUUGAGGGUGGCAUAAAAACUACUACCUACUGGCUUACGAGUUACAAAGAUUUCCGCAAGGCAUUGCCUGAACCGCCAUCACUGACGGAAGUUGACAUGAUGAAUGAGGAUGAAAGCUGCAAGCAGCUCAUGCGAAAAUUGGAGACACUCUCCUCGGAUUCAGAUUCCCAAGCUUCUAAAUCAUUUUCGAGGUUAAUCCAGAAGCUUCAGAGUCUUAUUCCCGAUUUUGUCAUUCCUUGUAAUUUGGAGUUAAUAAAACAAGAUGCAUGCUUGCCAAAGGGUACAAAGAGAAAAACCAGACCUUCUAGACAGUCAAAUCGAUCUAGUGCCCUUUCGAAAAAGUCAAAGAGACCAAAGCUCUCAAAUUCAAGGGUUUUUUCGGUUAAAAACAUUACCUUUUUGUUAACCUCCUAUGAUUCCCUUUUCUGUUUUAAGUCUAUAGGGACGACAGUUUCUGAGAUCUAUUCAAUUCCAGAGGAAGUGUCUAGUCCUGCAGCUCAUAAGGAGCUAAAUGCGACGUAUGUCAGACCUACUUCAAAUAACUCCAGGUCCUCUUCAAAACCUGUUGAUUUAGAUCAAAGCACCUUGUUGGUAAAUACAACGAAAUCAAUAAAUUUAACUCCGCAACCAGUAAAGGAAAAGACGUUUUCCGUAACAUCCGAUGAUAUUCAAUCGCCACCGCCUGUUAAGAAGGGACGCUUCCAGCCUUCCCGAUCUCAAAAUAGUAGAACGGAGUCUUUGAAUAAAUUAUCAUUGAAGGAUCCUCCAGUUGUAUCUGUGUCUCAACGUAAAAGUGGGGAUUCGGAAAUGUCUUUUAAAAGAGAAAGCAGUCAUGUCCGGUCUGUAUCAAAUUCUAAAGAUAAAUCCUUGCCGAAGGCUUCUAACACGUGUGCUGUCCAAUCCUCUUCACUCCAAGAAAACUGUUCCUUACGAAAAUCAGUUAAAACGGAUAAUCAGAUCGUUGCUGAAUCCUUACACCAAUCGCAAAAUGGCUCCCUGGGCCGUUCAUCCAAAAUGGAUAAUCGAAGCGUUGCGGAUUCUGUGUUCCAAAAAUCAAGUGGUUCCCUAAGAAGGGUGUCCAAAGAUAGUAAGUCUGGCCGUGUUGAGACGUCUUUCCAACGAGAAAGAGGAUUCACGGGUGAUCCGUCCAAAACGAGCAAGAGUCUCAAAUCUCCCGAUGCAAAUGCAGAAAUUCAGAUUUCGGUUACUAAUGAGAUCCCCCAUACCGUAGAGGAUAAUACUGAAGUAUUAAAAGGGGCUAUUAAUCAGGAGGCUGCCAUUUCAGAAAUUAUGACUGAGGAUGAGGAAGAGGAUCGGGUGGUUCAAAGGUUAGAAACUCCAGCUGAAACCCCCAUUGAAGUUCCUUCAAUUUCUCCGGUGGAUGUACCUUCUCAUGGUGAUGCAGUUGCUACUAGUAGCAUUGUAAGCAGUAACAAGCCACCUUUAGUGAAAUCCAUCUUCCCUUUCGUUGCGUCGACUCCCAGUGUACCGCAGCAACACAGUACACCUUGGUCAACAUCUAAGUCGAAUUGGCUCUCAAGGCUUGGUUGGAUGACAGCAUCCAAAGUGACUGCUCCGACUCCUGUAACGACACAGACCAAUGCUCCAAAGACGUCAUUUCAAUCUCAACCUGUGAAAGUUGGGAAGAUCAAGAAUGUUCUUGCUGCAAAUAAUACAAGUGCAAACUUGACAGCUGCAAAAAUGAGUAAUAAUUUUGUCAGUGGAAUGAAAUCCUCUAAACCCAUGUCGAGCUCCAACUUUAGUCUUGGAUCUAUCCAGCGACCGCCAACUAUGUCAAGGUUUAAUAAUAAUCUUCAAGGAAUCAGCAAAACUAACUGUCCUACUAUAGCUGAGAAAUCUUUUGGUGGAGGGUCAGUAGUUCAUGGAGCAAGCACUGCAAUUCAUGGCAGUACAACUAUGACCACUGGUGGACGUUUGCCUAGAACUGGGCAUUCAAUAUUCUCUUCUAAAGGAAAUGCGGAAAAGGAGAGACGAGAGCGUCUAUUGGCGGAGAUGGCUGAGAAGCAGGAGAGACAGCGGGAGGCUCAAGAGCGCAAAGCUCUCGAACACAAGGCUAAAGUGAAGGCUGCUAAUGAGAGACGUGCUGCCGUGCGUGCCAAUGCCGAGGCUCUUGCAAAGAAGCAGGAGGCGGAGAAGUUGAAGAAAGUGAGUUUUUCAUUGCUCGCAGCCAAAGACAAGCCACUUUUCAAUCCGUUGAAACCUACUAUUCACAGCACUGCCGCUCCAUCUACAAGUCAUUUGGUGAAGCAGCCUUUCGGAAAUAACUCUUCGAAUUUACCUGUUUCUACCUCGUCUUCUCACACUAAUGCUCUUAAUCCUACCACUUCGACUAAUUACAUGAAAAACUUUGAUUUUGUCAAAACUCAAACUCUUCCUCCCCUUCCACACGCAACACAAGUCAAUCAGCUGAAAACUCAACCUCCGGUCAUUUCUGAGUCUCCUAUUUCCUACGAUUUAACUGGCAUCUUGGACGAAUAUAACUCCGAUUCUGAAGACGAAACUCGGGCUAAACGGAGGCCUAUUCCCUCUUGGGCACGUUCUGAUAGUCCAUUCUUGAUUGAAAUGAUCUCUAAGGCGUAUCGAGGGGAGCUGCGAUGGCAGAACAUUUUCCGACCGGCAGAACAGGUGCACUUUGAUGAUGCAGAUCUAUUCAGCGGUUACAAUUUCCGUACACGUCAACGUGGAAGCAGUGUAGUGUGGAUCUCUCCAUCCAAACAGCCUCACGAACAGUCCUCAGGCAUAAGCAAAUCCUCUUUCAAAUCACCUACGGCGACCUAG